CACCUGGUCACACCAAGGACAACCCGUACGACCGAACUCGGCCUGGAGGAGACGUCUUUCUGCGCUGGAUUUUGAUAACCCGCUGUUCUGCAAAAGCAAAAGUCACGAUGCGCUUCUUCCUGCCGGUACUUGCGCUUCUCUUGCGCCAGUGUCUCGCCACGGAGGACUCCCACCCCUCGCACGGCGCGCGCAACUCCGAAUGCGAUUUCAAGAGCCCCCUCUGCGCGGGCAUUCCAUUGCACGGCCUGAACCCCUACGUGGUGGCGGUGUCGCAGCUGCCGGAGCUGGGGCAGAGGUUCGAAAACGAGAGGCUCAUUGCGUGCUUCGACAACGGGCGCGAGGUCCGGGGCGGGAGGUGCCUCUUCUUCCGGGAGAUGAAGGGGGGCUACGGCACGCUCAAGCAGCUCAAGGAGAUGCUGGGCGACAUCGCCAACGGGUGCAGGAGCUGCGGGACGCAGUGGGCCAGGGAGCGCGACAGGAGCGACAAGAAGGGGAUGCUGAAGCUGGACUGGGUGGACGAGAGGGACAGCUGCGAGGGGCUUUGCUACCGUCACCUGCCUGCCCCGUUGCCGAUUCCGGGCUUGUUUACUUGGCCUCGGCAGAAAAACACCGGACUGAAUACGUCAUAAAGUAGAGGAGGAGGAGGAGAAAGAGGAG